AGGGCGUUGACUUUAAUCAAACUGUAUAAAGCGACUGCUGCUCUGUGAUGGGAAAGGACUACACGGGGUCAAAGGUCACGACAGAGGGAGGCGGAGAGGGCAGGGUCGUUAAUUAAAACAGCGUCGUAAACGGUUGGACGUUGUUGCUCUGUAGUUUUCAGCAGAAACAGUUGUUUUUUGGCACUCCUGCGCGUGCGUCAACGUUUAACGGCAAUUUUGAUAUUUUUUCGCUAUUCGGUGAGAAAAGUUAGUUUGGACUGUUUUUUUUACCUGUUUGAAGACGUUUCUACUCAGGAGGUUUCCCUGACGUCAGCAGCAGCAGCAGCAGAUCUGGAGAGGCUUCAAAUUCGCUUGAGAUGGAUGAGCAGGUGAAUCCACUGGAUAGGGACCACUGUCUGUCUGUGGUUCUGCCAGGAGGGCUGGAGAAGCAUGCCACGGUGCAUGGGAGUAAACCAGUAAUGGACCUCCUUGUGACCCUUUGCGCGAGUUACCACCUCAACCCGUCUGACUACACUGUCGAGGUUCUCUCGCCCAACAAGAACAACAUCCGCUUCAAGCCGAACUCUCCCAUCGGAUCACUGGAAGCAGAUAAGAUUGUGCUGAAGCCUAAAGCCACAGAGGAGAAGAUCAGGAGGCCGUACAUGCCCGAGCCGUCAGUGCGCCUGCUGAUCAACUACAACAAGUCCCACAAGGCUGUGGUGCGCGUGAAUCCCCAAGUGCCCAUUGAGCUGCUGAUGCCGGCGGUGUGCGACAAGUGUGAGUUUCAGGUAGAAACGACCAUUCUGCUGAGAGACGCGCUGUCCAACGAGCCGCUGGAUCUGACCAAGAGCUUGAACGAACAUGGCGUGAGGGAGGUGUUCGCCAAAGACACAGGCGUUGAGCAUCAACAACGAGACAAGACACCUGAAACAGCUGUCACGCCGACAGAGGUCAUCACACCACCUCCUCAACAAGACCCACCACAGAUGGAGAAGAAGCAGAAGGAGAACUCCGGGUUUCUCAGCUUGUUCAGGAAGAAGAAGAAGAAGACUCAGACGGAGGGGAGUCAGAGUGCUCCACCUUCUCCCGGGCUCAAAUUGGGAGUCAGUGCGAACGUGCAGAGUGUUUCUUCUUCUUCUAACACUCUGACGGUAGACAUGCCGAAGAAGAGGCGAGCCCCUCAGCCGCCCAUGGGUGGGUCACUCAGCGUCCCCAACAACCUCACCACCUGUCAUGUAAGAGGAGCACAGAGGUCUGCAGAGUCCACAUUAAGGAGCACCAAGAGGAGGGCCCCUCCCCCUCCCUGUGUGAACCACCACCUGGAGCCACAUGCAGACACUGAAGGGACUCUUGACUCCCUGCACCCUUUGGCCGACCUGCAAGAAAGUGAUGAGUCAGACUCUAUAGCCCUGUCGUUCUCAUCAUCGUCAUCCCCACGACCAUCCCAAUCACGGUCAUCCUCAUCCUUCUCACAUCCAUCGCGUUCUCGUUUCCACGAAGUCGCCGAGCACCUGCCUUCUUUACGAGGGAAAGACCUCUCUGAUGCUCGCUGUGCCCUCGCCAAAGUGUUGACGUCGUCUGUUAGCAAAGGAGCGCUUGUGAGGCGUUUGGGCUCUGCCACCUUACCAAAAUUACGCAGUUCCUCUUUUAUGUCGGUGCCUCACAGGCGCUCAGAAAAUGGACUCGUCUGUGUAGAACUUGAUCCUAAUCUACCAACCGACCCCGUUGAGCCGGAGUGGGAGGAUCCGAUUCAGAGGAGGAUGACCACCUUCAAAGUGGUUCCAUCCAAGAAACAGAGGUCAACAGAUGCAGAAAUCACCCUGAGGAUCCCUGAACACAUCCAAAUAGAGAAAACCCCAACAGAAGAAGCUUCUAUGCAGGUUGGGGAUGACCAACCUGAGGCAGAGGAAGAUCCAUUAAGAAUGAAAACGCCUUCGAUGAGUCCUGAGCACUCUUCUGAGGAGGCUCCAAAAUCUCCUCCAGAUCUGGAUUUGGACAGCAAUCUGGGCUGCGAAAGCUCAAGUCCAUCUGACGUUGGGGAAACCAUUGAAAGAGAUGAAGAAGAAGAAUCGGAAUCUUCAUCUGAGGAGGUGAAAGCAGACGAAGAAGAACCUGAAGCUUUAUCAGAGGUGGUUAAAGCAGCAGAAGAAGAACCUGAAGCUUUAUCAGAGGUGGUUAAAGCAGCAGAAGAAGAACCUGAAGCUUCAUCUGAGGUGGUUAAAGCAGCAGAAGAAGAACCUGAAGCUGUGAUAGAAGUAGUUAAAGCAGCAGAAGAAGAACCUGAAGCUUCAUCUGAGGUGGUUAAAGCAGCAGAAGAAGAACCUGAAGCUGUGAUAGAGGUAGUUCAAGCAGCUGAAGAACUUCCAAGUGAGUUUCAGAGCAACUGCGAGGAUCAGAGUGAUGUCCUUCGAAGCCUGAGUAGAGAGUCUGCAGAAUCAGAAACAGUUAAUUGUACUACAAACGCUCCUGAGAAAGACAUUGAGGAGGAUGGGGAUGACUGUUUCCCUCCACCUCCUCCACCUGUGUUCUUUAGUGAAGACGUAGACGCUACAACCGCUUCUUCUCAGCCACCAUAUCUGACCUUGAACGGGCAGAUUACUGAAGAGCACCAGAAUGGGCGCUCCACAGCCUCGCUUUACAAGUUGGCAGUCGCAGAAACACCUGAAGAAGAGCUCAGCGCUUCCCCUUCCAGGUUUGCACAAGCAGUGGCAUUGGCUGUGCAGAGGUCCCGGAGCCAGAGCCAUGGGAAAACUUUAGGCCCUCCAUCUCCCAGCGGUCCACACAGCACACUCCCAUCAUCGCCGAGGUCUAUAUACCAGUUUGGUGCCUGAGCGGCUUCCUUGCCCGUCUCUGAAUGGAAGUGUUUGUUUAGGGUGAGGAUUCAGAGACGACCAAGGACGCCAGACUCAAAAGGUCAGCUUAAUAAAAUCCUACAGAGGACUAAAUCAACUCUCCUGACGGGACGCACACUGACUUCACUUUUAUUUUUUUCUACUUUCUAAUUUUUUCUCCUCUCAGGACGCGUUGACUCUUCUUUUUUUACUCUCAUGAACUCUCUCUGUUUGUCUAAGACGCCAAAUGCACAGGACGUGAAUUGUUGAACUGACGACGUCCUGUUUUUUCUUUACUUCCUUUUGAGUUCUCAUUCAAGACGUGCCAAAUGACAUAACGCUGACGUGAGAGCUGUUUUUUUCAUUAUAAUGUCGUGUAAGUCUUAUUCUAUAUUUGUGCCAGUAUUUAUGUUUCCCUUGGGUGUUCUUUUUUUAUCCUUAAAGACUUUGAAUGUGCAGUCAGAA